AAAUUAAUCUAUAAAAUACUACGGGAAACCCACAAAAAAUAAUGUUUGACGUAAGUUGUUGACUAGUAACUCCAAUUUUGUAGUAUUUCAUGAUGCUGAUAUCAUUAACUGCGUAAGCAUGAUGUAAACCAACGAGAUUUUUCUCCAAUAUCCACUUCUUCAUCGUCUCUCAUUGUAUUUAAGCACCUUCCGUUCGACACAAUAUCAGUUUGACUAGAUCUUCAAUCGACUAUAGUCUAUAGACAACAAACACGAAAGCAUGAUGAUGAAAGCAAGUCUUCUAAUAAUCGCAGUCCUGGGAUGCGUGUCCGCUAAAGUGAUCAAGAUUCCUCCGACUUCUGCUCCAGAAAGUGCAGAAGGUUCAGUGCCUAGUAGAACCUGGAGCCUGGAAAUAAAAUACAACACAUCACCUGCAGAUCUAAAUACCGACUUUGAGCCACCGCAGCCUUGGAUUAUGAAGCCCGUUGGGGAGUUCAGUGAUGUCAACCUGAAAAACAGCAUCAGGAUCAGGGUUCCUAAUAACUUCUUUCAGAACGCUCGAGAUGAAAUUUAUGCUUGUGGAAAUGACGGGUCGACUAGAUAUUUCUACCUAGAGAAUCUUGAAGGCUCUUCUUCUGUGUUUACUUAUCCUUCGAAAAGCACCGGAAUUGCUGAUGAUUCUGAGCUUUGGGAAGUGGACACAUCAAAAAGGUUGGAAGGAUACGAAGGUAGAAAGUCGGUCAGGUAUGAGUUCUCCAUCUGGCCAGCAAACUCUACGAAGGAAAAAAAUUUUGUGGAAUAUUGGAACGAGUAGGAUGUAAUUACACAAUAGUGUGAUAAGAAGACUGUUUAUAGAUAUAGUAUGCAUGAAAAAUUUGACAUAUUUAAAUGUUAA